AGAGGCGAGCGACGAUCUCGAUGGUCCAAGCAGUAGAACCAGGAAGGGCUCUCACAAGCUUCAUAGUUUUGUCCGCCCUAGCGUCGCGUUUCUGCAGCGCAUUUGUUGCUCCCCGGCUUGGAGGACCGGCACCCCUCCGUGCUUCCCUUCGUUGGAGCAUCCCCAGAGUUGCUCGGGCCGCCGCAACCGCGAGCAUCCCGCCGGUCAACGCUGGGAAACGGCCAACGUCGCUGGUGAUGGCGGGAGAAGGCGGCAAGACGCGGGUCCUUUUCGUUUGCCUCGGCAACAUUUGCAGAAGCCCUACGGCCGAAGCUGUUUUCAAACAGGUGACCUCCAAGGCAGGGGACGCAGACAAGUUCGAAAUCGACUCGUGCGGGACCGGAGGAGGAAAUCCAAGUUGGUACAAAGAGGGCGGGGAGAGCUAUCACACAGGGGAUUCCCCGGAUGCUCGAAUGACGGCUGCCGCGGCAAAAAGAGGGGUGAUGCUUAGCGGGGCCUCGCGGCCUCUGACUCCGGGUGAUUUCGAUAAGUUCGACCUCGUCGUGGGUAUGGAUGAGGCGAACACCAAGGCGAUGUCAACUGCCGCCGAGCACUGGGGCAAGAGCCAGGAGGCGAUCUCGAAGCUGCGGACGAUCACUUCCUACUGCAGGUCGAGCGGCGACGUGAAGAGCGUCCCGGACCCAUACUACGGCGGACCUCAGGUCGGCAAGAGUGCUGGUGGUUUCGAGACCGUGCUGGAUCUUUUGGACGACGCAUGCCAGGGUCUGCUCGAGAAAUGCCGCGCAGGGGAAGCGUGACGCCGACACAUGAUAUACAU